GACACACUCCAGCACCUCAGUGUCUUUCCUGUAGUGAGGGACCCAAAACUGAACACAGUACUUGAGGUGCAGCCUCACCAGUGCCAAGUACAGGGGGACAAUCACUUCCCUGCUCCUGCUGGCCACACUAUUUCUGAUACAGGCCAAGAUGCCGUUGGCCUUCUUGGCCAAAUAGCCAAUCUUGGCCAAAUUUAUAUAUAUCUAAAAAUUACUUGGUAUUUUUAUGAAUAUCUUUGAGAUGAUAAAAUUAUUUCCUGAAAAUUUACUGUUCACAAAAUCUUUUCUAUGUACUUGUAUGGCAGUAGAAUCUGUGGACAAGAAGGUGGCUGCGUAGGUAGAAGGGAAUGACAGUAUGAAGCAGAAGUUUGUGUUGGAGCAUUAGGGCUGUAUGUGACUAAUAAAUGUGUGGAGCAAAAGAGCUGUAUAUAGAAGAAUGUCUUUGUGCAAGGAAGGAGACUGAAUCUGCGUGUGUGUGUGAACGCUUCUGUGUAGAAUAAGUGCAAUACUUGUGUUGGGAUCCAGUGUGCAAUACUACGCGUAUCUUCAGCAAGCUCAAGCAUUUUACACAUUCCCAUUCCAUCAGAUGAUGACUGCAGCACCUAACAUGGAAAUCAUGACUGAGCAGCCGACUCUAGAGGGCAUUCCAGAGCCAAACAUUGCUCAGGAGCCUCCAAAAGAAGUUAAAAAAGGAGGAAGGAAAAGAAAAGCCAAAGCAACUGAGCCAAAGCAACCCAAAAAGCCUGCUGCUAAAAAAGAAAAAUCAGCCAAGUCAAAAGGCAAACAAGAAAAGAUCACAGAUACUUUUAAAGUCAAAAGAAAAGUGGACCGUUUCAAUGGUGUAUCUGAAGCUGAACUUCUGACCAAGACUUUACCUGAUAUUUUGACCUUUGAUCUGGACAUUGUAAUAAUUGGCAUAAACCCUGGCUUGAUGGCAGCUUACAAAGGACAUCAUUACCCUGGACCUGGAAACCAUUUUUGGAAGUGUCUGUUCAUGUCUGGUCUAAGUAAUGAACAGCUGAACCAUAUGGAUGACCACACUUUGCCACAUAAAUAUGGGAUUGGAUUUACAAACAUGGUUGAAAGGACAACACCUGGAAGCAAAGAUCUCUCCAGCAAAGAGUUUCGGGAAGGAGGUCGAAUUCUGAUGCAGAAGUUACAGAAGUAUAAACCUCGUAUAGCAGCUUUCAAUGGAAAAUGUAUUUAUGAAAUUUUUAGUAAAGAAGUUUUUGGAAUAAAAGUUAAGAACUUGGAAUUUGGACUGCAGCCACACAAAGUGCCAGAUACAGAAACUCUCUGCUACGUUAUGCCGUCAUCCAGUGCAAGAUGUGCUCAGUUUCCUCGUGCACAAGACAAAGUUCAUUAUUACAUAAAGCUGAAAGACUUAAGGGACCAACUGAAAGGCAUCGCACCAAACACAGAGGUGCAGGAGGUGCAGUACACAUUUGACUUGCAACUUGCACAAGAGGAUGCUAAAAAGAUGGCUGUCAAAGAAGAAAAGUACGAUCCAGGUUAUGAAGCAGCGUAUGGAGGAGCUUACUGUGAUCGUGCGCCAUACGAAAGUGAACAGUGCAGUUUCUCUUCAAAUGGAACCGCAGCAAGUAAUCCACAGUACUGUGAGGGGUCGUCCUUCGGUGAAGUUCCUAAUGGACAAUGGAUGACACAGUCCUUUGCAGACCAGAUUCCAGAGUUCAGUGCUGGUAUGACACGGGAAGAAGAGGGAAGCACUGCAUAAGAGCUGUCUCUUCUCGGCUACGCAUACAUGCUGCAGUUUUAAUGCAGUGAUCAAGAUCGGUACCUCGGUUCUCCAACUGAAGCAUUUUAAUAGUAUUUUAUCUCCCUUAGUUAUUUUAUUAUAGUCCAAAGUAAGUGUGUGGUAGGCUCAAAUCAAUGAACUAGAUCAUUUUAAGGAACUGUCCAAACUUUUUAAAAAAAAAGCCCUUUUUUGUAUAUGAGUUUUAUAUUUAAUGUAUACCAUUUCUUGCAGUUUUUGACAAAUUGCUUUCUCAUUUGCUGAGAUUUCUUUGGGGCGUUAAUUUUAUUCCAUAAAUCGUAAUGUAGUAGUAACAGCAGCAGUAUACUUUUUACUGAUGCAUCAAUAUUUGGAUAUCUCAUAAUCCUUUUAUAUCCAGAGGGGAAAAUGGGAAGCGUACCCUUAUCUUUCAUGAAGUGGUGUUUUUAAUCAUGCACAGUUAAGCAAAUUGUGCUUUUUAAGUCUGCCUUUUACUUUCUUUAAAAGCGCAGAAAGUUGUGUUCUGCAGCUGUGAGUAGUGAGUAUUUUCUGGGUGGGAAGAGUGCGCUCUUAUCUGUUUAGUGAUUGGACCGUAUUCAGGAUUAAGGGAGUGGAGACAUCACCUCAGGUCACAGCACUGGGGAGGAAAAUUUGUGUCGCACAGGACAGGGCCUAAAUAGUCUAGCUGAGCUGUCUUAGGGUAAGGUGUCCCUACCAAUCCAUCUUUCCCCCUUAAAUUCCAAUGAAAGGAACUGGAACUCCUUUUAAAAAAAACAACUGACAAUGGUGGUUCUUGAAUUCUGUGGCAUUUCAACUCUUAGUCAUUUCUGUGUGAUUAGUCUCUUCACCUGACCUUUAGGAGGAGGCAACCCCUUUGAACAGACUACAUUGCAGGGAAUUGAAAGACCACAUUCCCUGUAAAAAAUCACAUACAGCUACAUUGUUUACAUCAGGUAGGAUCAGCACAGGGUGGAAGAGGUUUGCAAUUUAGCAGUUUUUAACAUUCAGUUCUUUUCAAUCUGUAAGACCUUAGAGGGUGUUCUCCAUGUUCCUCUUACAAGUAAAAAAUACUAAGUAAGUUACAUGUAAGGGCAGUUGUUCAUGAAUAGCAAGUCAGCUGUAGAAACUGCUGCUCUCUUCUGAGGAACUUGCUUAAACGAUACACAUUUUUGGCCAAUAUUAGUGACUGAGAAAGAAAGGUGAUUCCAUGCUUGUGCCUAACCAUCAUCUUUCCCUCUUUUAUCAUGAGGAAGAGAUGAAGUAAAAGCAAUAAGCUGAUCAAAACAUUAAAGUUUUGAUGAUCUUAUGACAGUAGGUGCUUCAUAUACUUGAAAAAUAGAUACAAACAGUAUCUCCACAGUCCACACUGGUCAGAGAUUCCUGUACUGGUGUGUUUUAUCCUUUCCUCACAGCCAGUGAUAGUUCUCAUGCAUUGAGUGUAACUAGUUAGUGUAGAUUCUAAUCCUGCUGUAACAGCUCUCGCCGAGAUCACACACUGUCAACCUGUUGUGAGGCAGGCAUGAUGUUUACAGUUUCUUCCCAAAUUAUGUGGCUUAAUUCUGAGCGUCUUAAAUCAAGAAAGUGUGCAUUAUGGUUCUGAUUGUGUUUAUUAGCUUCAGCAUAAAGCUGUUCAGUAUGUUGUCAAAAAGGUAUAGGACUUGUCUUGUCUGUUAUUUAAAGUGUACUGUAUCAUGUAUUGCUGUUUACAUGGACGUUUUCCUGCAGGUGCUCAAAGUAUCUUGCAUCAGGGAUUUGUUACAAUUCAAUUUUAUUUUUCAACAAAACUAGAAGCAUGUAAUUAGCACUGCUGAGUAUGUAGCACAGUAGGAUAUAACUACUGUAAAGCUAUCCUGUUUGAUGAGAAGGGCAAGGUCUUUAACAGUCACCUACUAGGUUAUCUAGGUAUAAAAUACAGUUAAGUGUACAAUGACCGUUUCACUAAAUAUUGCAAUCCUAUGUGUACUCCCUCAGAACUGGUGCUCUUUUCAUUACAGUAAUACAAAAGUUCUUAAUCUGUCUUAAAUCUAUCAAUGUUUCACAAUAAAAUCAGGAAUUGUA